AUGGCGGCUGUGGCGAUUGUGGUGAUGUUGAUGGCGGCUGCGCCGACGAAGAUGCUGAGGGUCGCCUGGUACCGCGACCCGCAGAGUGUGCCCGACGAGUUUGGCAACGCUGCUGCUCAGGGCUGGGCGCAGCUAGCCCCCGACAUGGCGGACGCCCGUGUCGGUGGAUGGCUGGUUGAUCCGACGCUCGCGCUGCUCCCAAAGCCGGCGAUCCCGCUCAGCAUGUGUGACGAGCUGCUGGGCUUCGCCACGGCGCUGCCGAUGGAGUUCGCAGGCGAGACCUCGGCCAUCACGCCGCGGCCUGCAUCGGCGACCAUUCCUGUCGCAGGUCGGUUGCGCGACCCGGAGGAGCCCGACGCACUCGUAGGCGACAAGCGGCGCGGCCCUAAGACGCCAGCUCAGGCGGAUGUCAACCUGUCCGCCUUCAUCGAGAGCUGCUGGCCGCAGGGCGGCUCGUUGUCUGAGUCAGGUGCUUGUGAUUUCGCCGUGGCGAGGGGCAGGGUCGCCGACAGAGUUCUCGCCGAAGCUGGAGGGGCGUCGGCAGACUUCAAGAGCCGCGGCGCCAUGGAGCAAGCGCUGCCGCGAGGGCGAGGCGCCUCGGCGCGGGCGGCGGGGCCGCGCGCCCGCGGCGCCGCCGCCGAGACCGCGGCUGAGCAGGGCGAGUGGCGAGCGUCCUGUGCGGGCAACGGUGGCGAGGCCCGCUCGGUGCUGGCGGCUGCGCUUGUGCUCCUGUUGCCAGCUUCGCUGCUGGUGCAGGCCGCGGGCUUGAGCUUCGCCGCGGGCCUGGGCCCCCGCCGUGGCGCUGCGGCCGCCGGCGCGAGGCUUCGGGGCGGCCCGGGCGUCUCCCGGAGGGACUCCCCCAUCGACAUGUCCGACCCGAUCUUCCUCCCCACGGUGCUGUCCUCCCUCGCGGGCAUCGCCUUCGGGGCCGGCAUGGCGGCGCUCACCGACCAGUCAGCCAAGUUCUCGCAAGAGCGGGGGGCCGUCCCCGAGCGCCUGGCGACCCAGCUGUCGGCCGACGCGGGCAUGGAGGACGUCGAGUCGGACGACACCGACAAGAAGAAGGAUCUCGUCAACAAGAUGAGGCAGGCGCAGGGCCUCGAGGUCGUCGAGGUGAAGAAGAAGGAGACGGUCGACGACGGCUGGUGA